AUGGCCAAGCUGGGAGCUCACGGGUGCGACUUGCGCGAGCUCGCACUGCGCAUUCUUACGCACGAGCCUGAGAAGACGGAGCGCACACCUAAAAGAGUCCGCGUCGUCUACAAUCAUGCCUUCAUCGCUGAUGCCACGGAUGCGCUGCUCGUCUGGGAGCAUCCGUAUUAUCCGCAGUACUACCUUCCCGAGGGAACGCUACAGAACUGCACGCUGUCCAGCAAGCAAGACAUUUCGCACAAUGGAAAGAUUCUCGCCUCUGUCUGUGAGCUGACCGUGGCGGCCCACGACGGGUUGGACCAGGUCGUGACGGACCGCGUGCUGCGCUUCCACAACAACACCGCCAAUGGUGCCCUGGCUGGUAGGCUCCGACUCGAGUUCGGCAGCAUGGAUCGAUGGCUUGAGGAGGACAUGCCGAUACACGUCCACCCCAAAGACCCCUACAAACGCGUCGACGUGCUGCCCUCGCAACGGCCUAUUGAGAUGAAGGUUUCCGGCAAGACAGUGGCCAAGACAAAUUGGGCCAUGCACCUGUAUGAAACGGGCCUACCCGUGCGAUACUACAUGCCGCUCAGUAGCGUCGAUCAGUCGGUGCUACGCAAGAGCCCUCGGACGACAAAGUGCCCGUACAAGGGGGAGGCGGAGUACUACGACGUGAUCGUGGAUGGGAGCAGGCACGAGGGUCUCGUGUGGUACUACCGACACCCGGUGCCCGAGUGCGCCUCGAUUGCCGAGCUCGUCUGCUUCUACAAUGAGCAAGUCGACGUCUAUCUUGGUGGCCAUCUCCAGCGCCGCCCACAAUGA